GGCUGCCCAGGCGCUAUGACGAGCGCGGUCAGGGGGUCGAGGCCGUGGCCCCGGCUGGGGCUCCUGCUCCAGUUCGCGGCGCUGCUCGGGACGCUGAGUCCACAGGUUCAUACUCUAAGGCCAGAGAGCCUCCUGCUGGUGUCCACCUUGGAUGGAAGUCUCCAUGCACUGAGCAAGCAGACAGGGGACCUGAAGUGGACUCUGAGGGAUGAUCCUGUCGUCCAAGGACCAACGUAUGUCACAGAAAUGGCCUUUCUGUCUGACCCAGCUGAUGGCAGCCUGUACAUCUUGGGGACCCAAAAACAACAGGGAUUAAUGAAACUGCCAUUCACCAUCCCUGAGUUGGUUCAUGCCUCUCCCUGCCGCAGCUCUGAUGGGGUCUUCUACACAGGCCGGAAGCAGGAUGCCUGGUUUGUGGUAGACCCUGAGUCAGGGGAGACCCAGAUGACACUGACCACAGAGGGUCCCCCUACCCCUCGUCUCUACAUCGGCCGAACACAGUAUACGGUCACCAUGCAUGACCCAAGGGCCCCGGCCCUUCGCUGGAACACCACCUACCGCCGCUACUCAGCACCCCCCAUGGAUAGCACACCUGGGAAAUACAUGAGCCACCUGGCAUCCUGUGGGAUGGGCCUCCUGCUCACUGUGGACCCAGGAAGCGGGACAGUGCUGUGGACACAGGACUUGGGUGUGCCUGUGAUGGGCAUCUACACCUGGCACCAGGACGGCCUGCGCCAGCUGCCGCAUCUCACACUGGCUCGAGACACCCUGCAUUUCCUUGCCCUCCGCUGGGGCCACAUCCGACUGCCUGCCUCAGGCCCCCGGAACACGGCCACCCUCUUCUCUGCCUCGGACACCCAGCUGCUGAUGACACUGUAUGUGGGAAAGGAUGAAGCUGGCUUCUAUGUCUCUAAAGCACUGGUCCACACAGGAGUGGCCCUGGUGCCUCGUGGACUGACCCUGGCCCCCACAGAUGGCCCUACCACAGAUGAGGUGACACUCCAAGUCUCAGGAGAGCGAGAGGGCUCACCCAGCACUGAUGUCAGAUACCCCUCAGGCAGCGUGGCCCUCCCAAGCCAGUGGCUGCUGAUUGGACACCACGAGCUACCCCCAGUCCUGCAUACCACCAUGCUGAGGGUCCAUCCCACCCCAGGGAGUGGGACUGCAGAGACAAGACCCCCAGAGAACACCCAGGCCCCAGCCUUCUUGGAGCUAUUGAGCCUGAGCCGAGAGAAACUCUGGGACUCCAAGCUGCAUCCAGAAGAGAAAACUCCAGACUCUUACCUGGGACUGGGCCCACAAGACCUGCUGGCAGCUAGCCUCACUGCUGUCCUCCUGGGAGGGUGGAUUCUCUUUGUGAUGAGGCAGCAGCAGCCACAGGUGGCGAAGCAGGAAGAGACUCCUCUGACCCCUGCAGACUCUUCUCACAUCUCCCAGGACGCCCAGUCCCUGCACUCGGGGGCCACCCCAAGGAGCCAGAAGAGGUUCCGAAGUCCCUCAAAGCAAGCCCAGCCACUCGACGACCCUGAAGCUGAGCAACUCACCGUAGUGGGGAAGAUUUCCUUCAAUCCCAAGGACGUGCUGGGCCGUGGAGCAGGCGGGACUUUCGUUUUCCGGGGACAGUUUGAGGGACGGGCAGUGGCUGUCAAGCGGCUCCUCCGAGAGUGCUUUGCUCUGGUUCAGCGGGAAGUUCAACUGCUGCAGGAGUCUGACAGGCACCCCAACGUGCUCCGCUACUUCUGCACCGAGCAGGGACCCCAGUUCCACUACAUUGCCCUGGAGCUCUGCAGGGCCUCCUUGCAGGAGUACGUAGAAAACCCAGACCUGGACCACGGGGGACUGGAGCCUGAGGUGGUGCUGCAGCAGCUGAUGUCUGGCCUGGCCCACCUGCACUCUUUACACAUAGUGCACCGGGACCUGAAGCCAGGCAAUAUUCUUAUUACUGGGCCUGACAGCCAGGGCCUGGGCAGGGUGGUGCUCUCAGAUUUCGGCCUCUGCAAGAAGCUUCCUGCUGGAUGCUGCAGCUUCAGCCUCCACUCGGGCAUCCCUGGCACAGAAGGCUGGAUGGCACCCGAGCUCCUGCAGCUCCUGCCACCAGACAGUCCUACCAGCGCUGUGGACAUCUUCUCUGCAGGCUGCGUGUUCUACUACGUGCUUUCUGGUGGCAGCCACCCCUUUGGAGAGAGUCUUUAUCGCCAGGCAAACAUCCUCACAGGAGUUCCCUGUCUGGCCCAACUGGAGGAAGAGGUCCACGACAAGGUGGUUGCCCGGGACCUGGUUGGAGCCAUGUUGAGCCCGCUGCCGCAGGCACGCCCCUCUGCCGCCCAUGUGCUGGCCCACCCCUUCUUUUGGAGCAGAGCCAAGCAACUCCAGUUCUUCCAGGAUGUCAGUGACUGGCUGGAGAAGGAGUCUGAGCAGGAGCCCCUGGUGAGGGCGCUGGAGACAGGAGGUUGUGCGGUGGUCCGGGACAACUGGCAUGAACACAUCUCCAUGCCGCUGCAGACAGAUCUGAGAAGGUUCCGGUCCUAUAAGGGGACGUCAGUGCGAGACCUGCUGCGUGCCGUAAGGAACAAGAAACACCACUACAGGGAGCUCCCAGUUGAGGUGCGACAGGCACUUGGCCAAGUCCCCGACGGCUUCGUCCAGUACUUCACAAACCGCUUCCCACGGCUGCUCCUUCACACACACCAAGCCAUGAGGAGCUGCGCCUCCGAGAGUCUCUUCUUGCCCUACUACCUGCCAGCCUCAGAAGCCAGGGGACCAUGCCCUGGGGCCGCAGGGAGGUGA